CUUGCGUAUUCGUUAUACUUCUCGCCGUCCUCCGUUCUCAACAUGUUUCAGGCCCGUUCGUUGUCACUGGCUUGCAGAGCUGCCUCUCGCUCCGUGGUCUCUCGGAGCUUCGCAACCGUCCCAAAUGUCUCCCCUGGCCGGAGCCAUAAAGUGGUUGUGAUUGGAGGCGGUGCGGCUGGUCUGGACAUCAGCCAUAAGCUCCUUCGAUCUGGUAAAUUCUCCCAGGACGACAUUGCUGUUGUUGAUCCCGCAACUUGGCACCACUACCAGCCUGGGUGGACGCUUGUGGGUGGCGGCCUCAAGACUAAGGAGGAGCUCCGACGGCCCCUCAACAGCCUUGUCGACCCCAAAUUCAAGUUCUACAACGACGGCGUGGCUGGCUUCUCGCCUGAAGACAACUCCAUCACACUCAGUAACGGGGACAAGGUCAGCUACGAGCAGCUGGUUGUCGUGCCCGGUAUCUCGGUCAAUUACGGCAGUGUUAAAGGCCUCCCAGAGGCGCUGGCUGACUCAAGAAGCCUCGUUUCCUCCAUUUACAACUACGACACCUGCGACAAGACGUACGACACCAUCCAGAGGCUCCACAAGGGCACUGCCAUCUUCACUCAGCCAGCAGGCCCGAUCAAGUGCGCCGGCGCUCCUCAAAAAAUCCUGUGGCUCGCCUUGGACCACUGGAAGCGCGCAGGGCUGUAUGAUCCCAGCAAUCCCUCCGGCUCCGCAGUCAAGAUCAGCUUUGCUACGGGCAUGCCCGUGAUGUUUGGUGUUCCCAAGUAUAACGCCGCGCUGGAACAGCUUCGCAAAGAGAGAGGAGUCGAAGGCCUCUUCCAGCACGAUCUUGUCGCGAUUGACGGCGAUAAGGCAACUUUUGCCCUGCCGGAUGGCAAGGAAUCUGUCACGAAGCAGUUUGACCUUUUGCACGUCGUUCCUAAGAUGGGUCCCCACGCAUUUGUCAAGAACAGUGGGCUUGCCAACGAAGCUGGUUACGUCGAUGUUGACGAUGGCACAACCCGCCACAAGAAGUACCCCAACGUUUGGUCUGCCGGUGAUGCAUCCAGCCUGCCGACCUCCAAGACUGCGGCUGCCAUCACCUCGCAGUCACCCGUCCUGGUCCGUAACCUGUUGCAAGCUAUGGAGGGCAAGGCACCAGACGCCACAUACGACGGAUACGCUUCGUGCCCGCUGUUGACAGAGUAUGGCAAAGUUUUGCUUGCCGAAUUCAAGUACGGGGGUGAGCCAAAAGAGACGUUUGGCGACUGGUUCGGUAUUGACCAGGCGGUUCCCCGAAGGUCCUUCUAUUAUUUGAAGAAGAACUUCUUCCCUUGGGUAUACUACAACCACAUGGUGAAGGGAACAUGGGGAGGACCGAAGGGCUGGACGAACUGAGCAGUCAAUUCUGGAUGAAUAUGUCUGAAUCUAUAGUACCCUGGGUGGCCAAAAGCAUGCCUUCUGUUU